AUGCAGUUUGAUAUAGAUGAUGUAAAAAAACCUCAGCGUUUUGCGGGAGCCCAAGUGGGUGUGUUGGUGUGGCUGAUGUCUUCAUAUUUCGCUACGACCUUAAUGUACACUCAUGUCAGUUCAACACUAACUGGUUCCUCCCUGAUGCCGCCGUUUCGAACCAUGGCGGAGUUUGUUCAGUCCGAUUUUUCUCCUUUGCUCAUGUCCUCGGGGAAUUCCGAAAUAGAAUUUAUGAAUACGAGCGCCCUUAGGCCCCUUCUGUUAAGGAUUCGGAGAAGCGAUUAUACACCGCCGUUUGAUACUCGCAUCCAGCUUGCAGCGGAACUGUCACAAACACAAAAGCUGGCGGUUUUCAUUACGGAUGAAAAGCCGCUGUUUCAGAAAGCCGGCUUUAUCAGAGCUGUGGAUUCUGCUUAUGACACAUUCAUAUCAGUCUACCAAAUGCCAUUGGCAUCGGAAACAGAGCCACAGAUCUCACACGUAAUGAAGUGGAUGGCAGCAACCGGGACACUGAAAAGCGUCGCUAUUCAGCAUAAAGCCAUGCUAUAUCGGGCACACGGUAUCCCGUACACGGUUCCGGGCGAUCAGACGAUUCCUACACACGACGCGGCCAUCCGAAUGGAGGCUCUGGUUUCCAUGUGCUUUAUCGGGGUGUCUAUUUUCUCCGCAGCCGGAUUGUUAUUUUUACUAGAAAUUAUCCUUGUGUCAGACCGUCUGCUGUAA